AUGGUGUCAACCAGGCGCGCCAAGCGGGAAACAGAGGACGGCGGGACGACAGAAGAGCUUGAUCAGGAGCCCCAGCAGCAGGAACCCGAGCAGCAGGCACAGCCGUCCGGCCCGGCGCGGCGCACCCGACGGCAGCAACAGGCUCACAGCCCGUCUCCGCCACCCGGCAAUAGCGAUGAAGAGGCGGACGAGAAGGAGCCCGCAGCGGCGGCCGGCGGCGGCGGCGCCAGCGACAGGGAGGAGGGCGCUGUGGAUGGCGACGACGUUGGCGGGCUCGCCAACGGCCACUCACACCAGCAGCAGCAGCAGCAGCAGGAACAGCAGCAGCAGCAGCAGCAGCAGCAGCAGCAGCAGCAGCAGCAGCAGCAGCAGCAGCAGCAGCAGCAGCAGCAGCAGCAGCAGCAGCAGCAGCAGCAGCAGCAGCAGCAGCAGCAGGAGGAGGAGCCCGAGCCUCUAGACGACUUUGAGGAGGAGCCGGGGCUGAGGGCCGCGCUUGAUGCGCUGGGGGCGCGCGCGGCCGACCCCGCCGCAUUCCUGCAGCCGGACGCGUCCAUUUCAGGGGCGGCGCGCGAGGCGGCGCGGGCACUGCUCAAGUACACAGCAGCGGCGGCGCGGAGCGCCGCAAAAAGCAGCGGCGCCGGCGCGGACGCGGGCGGCGGCGGCGGCGGCGGCGGCGCGAGCGCGGGCGAAGCAGAGGCGGAGGUGGAGCUGUAUGUGGGGGAGGGAUUUGAUGCAGAGCAGGUGUGGCUGCAGAUGGACCUGCAGCUGGUGCCCCUGCUGCGGCAGGCAAAGCACGCCGUGGGGCGCCUGAUGGGAAGCCGCGUCGCAGCCGCCGCGCUCGGGGGCGAGGGGGAAGAGGAGGGGGCCGGCGGACGGCGGCGGCGGCGGCGGAGAGGGGCCGGCAGCGAGGGCGGCGGCGGCGCAGCGCUGUCGCUCGUGCCGCCGGAGGUCGAGCGUGAUGUGGAUGAGUUGCUGGCUGAGUUUGAGGGCGAGCGGCCUGUCGGCAGCGGCAGCGGCAGCGGCGACGAGGACGAUGAGGAGGAGGAUGGCGGCGGUAGCGACGAGGACGGCAGCAGCGAAGAGGAGGGCGGCGCGCGGCGCGGCGCCAAGCGUGCCAAGCUGGGGGCCGGUGGCGGCAGGGCUGGGCAGAGGCGGCUGCCAUUUGAGGACCGGUUCAUGCGGCUCAACGAGAUGGAGGCAUUCCUGGAGCAGGCCGAGCGCGAGGCGGCCGGGGACGCGUCGGACGGCGGCAGCGGCGGCGACGGCGGCGGCAGCAGCGGUGAUGACGACGACUCUGGGGAUGAGGAGGGCCCCGCGGGCGGCGACGCAGGCGGCUCUGACCUGGAAGACGAGGAUGAGGAGAUGCGAACACUGCUGGCCAGCAGCGCCGCCCUCGUCGGCCGCACCGCCGGCGCCGGCGCGAAGCAGGCCCCCGCCAAGCGGCGGCGCGGCGGCCUGCUGGCCGCGGCGGCGGGGAUCGGCAGCGACGAGGACGGGUCGGAUGUGGAUCUUGAUUUGGAGGGGCCCGACGACGCGGCGGCGACGGCGAUGUACGCCGACUUUUUUGGGGACGACGGCGGCAGCCCGCCGCCUGCGGGUGGGGACGAGGAGGGCCGGGGCGCGCGGGCGCGGCGGCGGCGGGGCGCGGAGGCAGAGAGGAGUGAGGGGGAUGAGGAGGAGGGGGAUGAUGAGAUGGAGGGGGCGAGUGAGUCAGAAGAGGAGGAGGAAGAGGAGGACGAGGAGGAGGGGGAUGAUGAGGAUGCGGCGGGCAGCAGUGAGGACGAGGAGGAGGAGGCGGGCGGCCGCGGGCAGCAGCAGCACGGCCGCGGCGGCGGCAAGCGCGCGGCGCGGCGGCGCGGCGGCGGCGGCGGCGGCAGCGGCGACGACGAUGAUGAGGCGGACGAGGAGGAGGGCCCGAGUGGAUCUGAGGAGGGCGAAGAGGGCGCGGGGCGGCUGUCCACGCACGAGCGGCGGCUGCUGCGCAUGCAGGAGCGGAUACGCGACCUGGAGGAGGAGGCGGUCGGCGAGCGGCCGUGGCAGCUGGUGGGGGAGGCCUCCGCGGGGCGGCGGCCGAUGAACAGCGCCCUGGAGGUGGACAUGGACUUUGAGACGACCGCCAGGCCGCCGCCGGCGCCGACCGAGGAGGGCACCGCAGACAUUGAGGAGACCAUCAAGCGCCGCAUCGCAGAGCACAGGUGA